ACUAAUCACUUUUUGAAUAUCCCUUUUCAUUUAAUAACGACAAUCCAGUCUGGGACAUUUUGUUUUCUAACAUUUCAUAAUGGGAAUUUUUGUGGCGCUAUUAUUUUGUUUAUUUGGACACGUGUAUUGCCAAGAUUUACCGGCAGAGAUACAAACGACACUUCUAUCACUGGUAGCAGAAGAGAGUAAUUUAAGAGCGAGGCUACAAGAUGAGGCUGAUCUUUUAGAGAAAGAGCUUGACGCUCUGACGUCACUGAGGAAAAAUGCAAGUUGCGGUUGCCCAGCAACGGUUGCGCCCAUUGCUUUUUCUGUCACAUUGAAGAAUAAUCUAGCAACGCUUGGAAAGGCACAAGCCAUUGUUUUUGAUGAAAUAAAUCUAAAUGUCGGUAACACGUACGAUUCACGACACGGAAUAUUUACAGCACCGGUUGACGGGCCCUACGAGUUUACCUUUGCAACACUGGUACCCGGCGGUAAACAAACAGGCAUGGAAUUAGUGAAGAACGGGGAACCAAUGGCAAAAACAGUGUCUGGGGACAACAGUUAUUACACGAUGGCAACAAACGUUGUUGAUCUGGACCUAAAAGCAGGGGACGAGGUUUGGGUACGUCAUGCCAACCAGAGUGACAGUAAUUAUAUCAAUGGAGAGUCGCACACGUCAUUCUCAGGCUACCUUAUAGAGGGAUAAAAAAUGUCGUCUGCUUAUUUAUCAAUUUUGAUAGUACACUUAUAGCAUUAAAGAUUUAAACCUACACAAAUGAUGUAUUUACUUGUAUCAAUAAUAACACGACGAAUAUU